CUUUUAAGUUUGUAGAAUAGCCAAGGGGUUUUAUAGAAUAGCCAAACCUCUAGGGGUUUAUUUUUUAAAGUUACCCUUUAAUUAACGAAUAAAAUUUACAAUCGACAUCGUUUUUAUUGUUUAUCAUCUUCUUCCCAGAGAAAAUUCGACUUUGGACUGUGAACUUGUGAAGCAAAAGCAGCAGUGAUGAGCAAAGAUGGAAGCUUGGAUUCAUUAGGUCCGUUUGAUUCUCUUCAACUCGACAGCGACCUCUCUCUCCACCCUCGAAUCAAGCUCCUCUUGACCAUAUUCCGGGCAGAUAAAUCCGUAAACCCAAUCGACGAAUGGAAAAUCAAGCGUUCAUUGAUCGAAUACUUGAAAUCUUCACACUCCAUUGAGGUCGAAGAUGAGAAGGACGUCGACAUACGGAAGUUUAAAGACUUGAAAAAGCGGAAGCGCGAGGACCCGGUUGCUCGCGGCGCUCUGGUAAUUCGGGACCUAGGGUUUCUGUCGAGGUUGAAGAAUGAGGAUGAUGUGGAGAAGAAGUUCUUCGAGUGGAGGAAGAAUUUCGUGGCGAAAAUGGAUGGGAUGGAGUUGAAUUUGGAAGGGAGUAAGUUUAAAUUGGGUGCGGUUUUGCCGCCAUCAGAUGAUUUCGAAGCUAUGAGGAAGGAAUGGGAAGAAAAUUUGGCCUUUGGCAAUCGAGGUCAUAACCGAGGUGGCCGCCAGCCGGAUACUCUAGUGUUGAGAGGUGUCCCGUCUCGGUGGUUUGCUGAGACACGAGUAUCAUCUAAGCCCUCUAUGCUGGUCACCCAUACAAUUUUCAGUGCGCUUGGGAAAAUAAGGAAUCUUGACGUAGCUGAGGACAAUGAUAUAAGCCUGGAUGCGGAUGAUGAUGGAGAAGAAAUAGUUUCAGGAUUGCUAUGUAAGAUUGUUGUGCGGUAUGAAACAUACAAAGACUUCCAUGAUGCCUUAAAGAUCUUGUCGGGGCAUUCAUUGCAAAAGCAAGGAUCACGUUUGAAGGCUGACUAUGAGGUGACAUGGGACAGGGAUGGAUUCUUCCAAAAUGGUAGAACACGAACAGAAGGUAGAAGCAGAUGGGAGCCGACCAAUGGAUCGGGCCGGCGGUACUAUAAUGCAACUCAGUACAACCCCGAUGAAGCACGCCCAAAACGAUUUAGGGAAUGACAAUUCGGAUUACUUAUGUGAAGAUUUAUGGGACGCUCAUCACGCUAAGCUGUAGCAAAAUUUAUCUACUGCGUUAAAAGGCCCGAAUAUAUUCAUUCCAUUUUCAAUUGUUUCUCGAAUGGGUGCUAAGGGGGCUGAAGAAUAGGGUGGUUGGUGAGAUCCGAACUCUUGACUUCAGUAAUGAACAAGUCAUGUCAAUGUUGCUUGAUCCAUGUGCCUUAUAUUAUUUGCUUUUUCUCUGAUCAUUGUCUUUCACUUUUGGUGUUCCUUACAGUUUGGUAAAGAGAAUCUGGAGAGACUGCCUAGGUCGCUUUCAGUGUUAAUUUGUUAUGAAUCAAAAUAGAAAAACAAUUCUAACCUGUACUCUAUGAACAUCAUUACUCGCAUAGGUUGUCAAGAUUCAAGAAUGCGUGUUUUAAUAUCUUUUUCUGUCAUUUUCGGGUCACAUUUGGAAAAAUAGUCUGUGACGGCUGCUUCUGGGAACCUUCUAAAGAAAUUGGAGUUUUGUAGGCUUCAAACUGCUGUUGUGUAUUUCACGUAUAUUGUUGGAGUAACAUUUUAUAUCUUUUUUUUCAUGAAAUCAUUCAUUGCUUGAGAGCGACUGGCUUGCUGAAUUCAAUCAAAUUUGCAUCAACGUAGACUAGGGGCUGGGAUAUUACGUCUAAUCUCUAUUGUCUGGAGCAAUUAUCUGCUGAAAUCAUUGCACCUGCUCGACUUCCGUCGUUCAAAUCAAUGAAAUCUUGCUGUUCUUUUUGAGAAAAUUCAUGAACUUAGUUAGACUAAGAAGUAGUAUUCUUUAACGUUGUUUUGUAUUUAUCGGCUGUAAUCGUUAUACUUAUAUACCUCUUGCGUUG